UUCAUUCACAGUCGGUGUUUGUAAAUACAAACACGCCGCUCGCGCUGCAGCUCUCUCAUCUAGCUGCAGAUACAGGAAUAUAAUAUUUUUAACCGCUGCCUGAAAGCACAUGUGAAUAGGAAUCAUGGUGGUCGUGGCUCAGCGCUUUGAUAGGAGGAUGGACACGGAGACCCUGAAUGGAGAGGUGACCCCGGUGGAGCAGGUCGGCUCCAAAGGGGACGGCGCCAUGGAGCCGCACGCCAUCAGUGGCUUCAACCUGGUCAACACCACCAACGACGAGGACCUGACGCCACCCUCGGUCAACGGCCACCACAGCCCCGUGCAGGCCAAGAAGCUGCCCCCGCAAGUCAUUGAGGUGCAGCCAACCAUUGAAGUGGUUGCCGAGCAGAAACCGAAAAUGCAGACUAAGGAGUACCUGGACGGCCCUGACCAGUUGAUCCCGAGUGAAAGCCUCUUCAACUGCCAGCCUGAUGGAGCUGUCAAGCUGCGAGUGGGCACGGAAGGAGUCGCAUCGGAAAAACCUAUUUCCGUGCCUACAAUGUUGAAGAGAACAGCCGACCGGUUUCCCAAUCGCACUGCCAUGGCCGUCAAGAAAGACAAGAACGCAGACUGGACUAGAAUCACCUUCAGAGAGUACGAACAGAAUGUUCGCACUGUCGCGAAAGCGUUCAUCAAACUCGGCCUCGAGCGCUUCCACUCGGUCAAUAUUCUCGGCUUCAACUCGCCAGAAUGGUACAUCUCCGACUUGGCGGCCAUCUAUGCAGGUGGUUUUGCAGCCGGCAUCUACACCACAAACAGCGCUGAGGCGUGCCACUACUGCGCGGAAAACAGCCGGGCUAACAUAAUCGUAGUUGAAGACGAUAAGCAGCUGAAGAAGAUCCUUCAAGUCAGAUCGCGCCUGCCGCAUCUGAAGGCAAUCAUCCAGUACGCUGGAAAACCCGAAGCUGAAGGAGUGCUCAGCUGGGAGGAUGUGAUGAAACUUGGCGAGGAGCAGAGUGACGAUGAGUUAGAGCAGCGUAUCAAAAGGAUUGCUGUCAACCAAUGUUGCACCUUGGUUUAUACGUCUGGAACCACUGGCAAUCCCAAGGGCGUGAUGUUGAGUCAUGACAACCUCACGUGGGAUGCUCUUGCUAUCGGCAGCUACCUCAAGUUGAAAAUGGGAGAGGAAGAAAUCGUCAGCUACUUGCCUCUUAGUCACGUUGCCGCUCAGGUUGUGGAUCUUUUCAUAACAAUUUCGUACGCAGCUACUGUGUACUUUGCCCAACCGGACGCGUUGAAAGGAAGUUUGCUGCCCACCCUGUUGGAAAUCAGGCCAACAAAAUUCCUUGGGGUGCCUAGGGUGUGGGAAAAAAUCUAUGAAAAGAUGCAGGACAUUGGCAGGCAGUCAACUGGCAUUCGUAAGACUCUCGCCACUUGGGCCAAGCGCCACGGCCUUGAGUACAACAUGAACAGGAUGAAGGGAAUUAAUACCCCUACUUGGAGCUACACAUUUGCCAGUUUUCUGGUGCUCAAAAGAGUUCGAAAGGCGCUUGGAUUGGACAGGUGCAAUCUUUUCGUGUCUGCUGCCGCUCCCAUCUCGACAGAGGUUGUGAAAUACUUCAUGAGUCUGGACAUUCCAGUCAUGGAGGCGUAUGGUAUGUCAGAGGCCGCUGGAGCUCACACACUGAACACUCCAGACUUCUUCAAAAUCGAAACUGUGGGCAAAACCCUACCUGGAAUGCAGACACUGCUCUUUGAACAAGAUGAGAGCAAGCAGGGAGAGAUUUGCAUGAAUGGCCGGCAAGUUUUCAUGGGCUACUUGAACAACAAGGAGAAAACCAUAGAGAGCAUGGAUGCACAGGGCUGGCUGCACUCUGGCGACAUUGGCAAGGAGGAUGAUGAUGGUUUCCUCUACAUCACCGGCCGUAUCAAGGAACUUCUGAUCACCGCUGGAGGAGAAAACGUACCACCAGUGCCAAUCGAAGACGUCAUCAAGGCUGAGCUGCCUGUCGUCAGCAACGCCAUGCUGAUCGGUGACCGCCGAAAGUUCCUAUCAGUGCUGCUCACAUUGAGGACCGACACCAAUUUGGACACUGGCGAGCCUCUUGACAAGCUGACAAGCGGCGCGAGGGCCUGGUGCGAGGAGCAGGGCAGUUCCGCCACCACCCUGUCCGAAAUCAUCAACGGCCCUGACGAGAAGGUUAUGAAAGCCCUGGAGAACGGAAUCAUCCGUGCCAACAAGCAAGCUGUGUCAAACGCUCAAAAGGUUCAGAAGUUCAAGCUGUUGCCCAAGGACUUCUCCAUUCCCGGAGGCGAACUUGGACCUACCAUGAAGGUCAAGAGGAAUGUUGUUCAUGACCAGUACCUAGAUUUGAUCGAGUCACUCUAUGAGUAAAACGGUUACUUCAUGUUUCUACCAUUGCUCAACUCUAUUUCACUUGUCUAUGUGCUAAUGAGUAAAUAAGUCUAAAAUAUUGCUUUUGUUGCAAAUAUUUAAAAAAAAAAAUCGCUUGUUGAUGAAAAAAUGUUCGGCCAGGAGAACUUCAGACUUUAAUGUCCUUAAUGGUGACUUAUUUAUAGGAAUUUAAUGCCAAUUUCGAGAAAGCCUAUAUAUGUUUCUGUGAUUAGUUUUUAAGUCUUAAAUGUUUGGCUAAGAUUUACAUCUGUCCGCAAUCCCUUUUUGUAAAAAUUGUAAUUAUUCUUAACCCUGAUCAGAUGAGUGCAAAAUCCGCUGUCCAAUAUGUACUAACUAUUUAUUGACCAAGACUAUUAUGAGCUGUGAUGAAGCAAAAGCAAUUUAUUUUUGAGGUUGAUCGCAUAUUGAGAAAAAAAUUGUCGAAAAAUGUUGCUAACUGAUGAUUGAUAAUGGGUGCCAAUGUCUUGAACAUUUCAAUAAAGUUGUAUAUAACUGUAUUUUGUUACCGAA